AUGAAACGAUUCAGUCAGGGUCUGCUUGGUCUUUGGCUCGCUCUUCUUCCAUGUGCCAGGGCCUGGAACCAUGUUUCGGUCGACGCGCUUCCACGAGCGUUUCAAGACAACGACCUGACCCUAGUUGCUUUCAUUGCCCCAGAUAGUGAGAAAUGCAAAUCCCUCGAGCCAGCCUGGGAGGAUGCCGCAUCGGCAGAAGCCCCAGGCGCACUGCUGAGCGUCCAAUGCGGCGUCGACUCGCCCGGUUGUGACGAGUAUGCCACCAAGGAGUAUCCAACUAUACGGCUCUUCCAGAAAGACAAGCCAAGCACAGUCUACCAGGGCCCUCGCCGCGCCUCUUCCAUCCGGAACUUCCUCGCCCGCCACCGACGGCCGGUCGUGUCGCAAGUCAAAGCGGAGGACCUCGAAGCGUUCCGAGAGCUCGACGGCGACGCCGUGGUGAUCGCCUACCUGUCGGGCCCAGACGACGAGGCAGCCGGGGUCUUCGCAGAGGUGGCGGCCCGCCACCGGCACGAGUUCACCUUCGGCACCGUCACGGACCCGGCCGUCCUGGAAGCCGAGGGCGUAUCGCCCCCGCACAUCGCCUGCCACCGGCCCGGCGACGGCGAGGCCAAGGCCGCGAGCUGGUCCGGCGACGCAGACGGCCUCGAGAGGGCCGUGCUCGAGGCGUCGCGGCCCUUUGUCAGCGACUUCACCCCCCUCACGGAGCAGCGCCUGCUAGACCGCGGCUGGCCCAUGGUCUACCUCCUCUCCCCGACGGAGGACGGCCGCGCCGCCCUGCGCGCCGCCCUCCUCCGCUUCGCCCGCAGCUACCACGACUCGCUGACGGCCGUGCUCGUCGACCCGGCCGACUACCCGGACCUCCCCCGCAAGCUGGGCCUCGACCCGGCCCGGCACGGCUGGCCCGCCGGCGCCGUGCACCAGCUGUCCAGGGACCGCGUGUACCCGUACCCGCCCGGCCGCGCCCUCGACUCGCAGUCGGUCCAGCGGUGGGGGCUCGACGUGUACCAGGGCCGGGUCAAGCCGUGGACUCCGCCCGGCGUCACGACGAGCUACGACGACCUCGGCCCCCAGCGCGUGGCCACGCGGCGCCUGUCCGUCGCGAGCGGGUGGCCGGGCGUCAAGGUCAAGGUUGCGGGGCAUGACGAGCUGUAG